AUGCUAAGCUGGGCUAAAGUCUCUACACACUUAAUACUAGCCCCCGACAGAGGCAGCAGCAGCAGUAGCAGCAGCAGCAGCAGGAACAACAACAACAACAACAACAACAACAACAACAACAACAACAACAACAACAACAACAACAACAACAACAACAACAGCAGCAGCAGCAACAGCAAUAGCUGCAGCUGCUGCCUCCGACCCCUGUCACUACCCCCCAUCAGGUCCCCGCAUCUCGCCAAGUUGCCGCCUCCCACCAGGUAUCUGUGUCUGUAG